UUUUAUGAUUUGUUAUCCAGAAGACACAGUAGAACCUACAUUUUUGUGUGUGACUUCGAAAAUUUGCUAUCAUUCUCAUUUUACAAGUUCGUUGGGCUAAAAAUGCCUCUCAGAUGAUUUUCACCUCUGAUUCUGAAGAUACUAGCAAGAGAUAAAGAUGUCUUUGUUCAAAGCAAGAGAUUGGUGGACAACAACGGUUGGUUCAGGAGAGGUCUUUGAUCAGGGCAGCCUCGCUGUAGCAAAGAUUGAUGGAAAUUCAGCUUCUCAUGACAAAAUUGUUGUUGGAAGUUUGAAUGGGGUUCUUCGGAUCUACCAGCCUCAACCGUCUAAAGGAGAUAACCUGAAAGCUGAAGAUGUAGUUCUUGAAGCUCAGUUGCAGCAACCCAUCCUUCAGGUUGAAACAGGACGCUUUGUUUCGGCAUCAGAAUCGGUGCAUUUAUCUGUACUCCAUCCCCGUAAACUGGCAAUUUACUCUGUCCAUGGUGUGACCGGUGCAGUGGAGCAUGGUUCUCAGUACCAUCUAAAACUCAUGUAUGAACACAACCUCCAGAGGACAGCACACAGUCUUGUAGUGGGACCAUUUGGAGGGGUCAAAGGAAAAGAUUUCUUGUGUGUUCAAUCAAUGGACGGCACCGUUUCUUUCUUUGAGCAGGAGAGCUUUGCCUUCAGUCGUUUCCUGCCUGGCUUUCUCCUACCCGGUCCUAUCAAAUACAUUCCACGUACCGAUUCCUUCGUGACGGUGUCGUCCUCAUGGCAGGUAGAAAGUUACAAGUAUCAGGUCCUUGCUGUGGCCUCUGAUUCCAAGACCAAGGAAGAGUCUCAGAAGAUGACGUUAGGCAAGAGAAUCACUGCUGACUGGACAUAUCCACUGGGGGAACCUGUCCUUGAUAUGUCAGUCAUAACUCAUGCAAAUGCAGUACCAUCUAUAGUCAUAUUGGGAGAGAGGUCAGUUGUCUGCCUGAAAGAUGUUGGAACGUUGUCUUUUUCUAAAAAGCUUGAGUAUAAUCCCAGUAGCUUCUUCAUAUAUGCCUCAUUAAAUGAGAAUAGCAUACAGUAUAUGGUUGGUACCCAUACCAGGCAACUUUUGGUCUAUGAAGAUGCAACACUCAAGUGGGCAGCCAAGCUUGAACAUGUUCCAGUCGCCUUGCGAAUUGGAGAGUUCCAAGAUUUAAAAGGAAUUAUUGUCAGCCUUGAUGAUGAAGGACACCUGAUGUGUUCCUACCUCGGUACCGAUCCGUCCCUCUUUGUGGUGCCUCCACCGGAUUCUAGGGAAAUAGACUAUGACAACCAAGACAAGGAAAUGAAAGAUCUUCAGAGAAUCAUCAAGGAUUCAUCUCAUAAAGCAGAUUUUGCUCCUAAGAAGAAGAUUGAUGAUGAUCUCACAAUGACAGCUUCUGUACCAUCCAAUCUAGAUGCGAGUUCAGCUGCUCAAGAAACGGAGAUACCAGAUGAAGAUCAGAUUCCUUUAUUAACUGUAAAGCUCACAUUGAAGAGUCAGACUGGAAUAUCUAAUGUACGAGUUUUACUACACUGUCCGUAUCCAUUGGCUGCAACACAGAGUACUUUCACCAUUCCAUAUGUCGGAGAUGUGUCUAAUCCCACUACCACAAUGAUCACGUUCUUCAUGAGAGGACAUUGUUUACCAGCUUCACUAGUUGCUAGGGCAACAGCAACAUACACUACAUCAGCAGGAGUACCACACAUUGUUCAGUGUACCAUCAAGCUACCUCUGAAGCUUGUAUGUAAACCCUGCCAACCUGCCAAGAAUGCUACACAUAAGAUCACACUGGACUCUAACAAGAAUUGUGCCAAUCUACACGAUAUAUUCCCAGAUUUAACAGGACCAGAAGGAAUGGGAUCAGGUAAUGCUCUUGGUUUACAGAUAUUUGGAGGUCCCAGAGUUACCAUCCUAGCUUCUAAAUCAUCACAGAGGUAUCGACUGCAGUGUGACAUCUUUGAAGCAAUGUGGCCUGUGGUCAACGAGUUCAUUGAACGUGUCAGAAUAUAUCAUGUGAAUACUGGGGUCAAGGAUUUCAAGCUCUCUUUCUCAUCAAAUCUUAUGAUGCAGGAAUAUUUUGAGCUUAUUGAUACACACAUGGAGUUGAGGGUUCACGCAGAGAGAUACAAGGAGCUUCUAGACCAGAGAGCUAAACAAUUCCGAGCCAUCCAGAGGAGACUUCUGACCAGGUUUAAGGAUAAGACCCCAUCACCUCUCAAUAAUCUUGAUACAUUAUUGGAAGGAACCUAUAGACAGAUAUUGAAAUUAGCUGAAGGCGUGGAUGAAAAUCAAAAGGCUCUAGUUCGCUGCUCCAUGGGUCUGAGCUGUGCCACUAGUAUAAUUACCACUCUUCUUGCUCUUGCUCAUGGGUUCAGCGAAUCAGAGAAAGAGAUCUUGGAUGCUAGUCUGUCUUCACAAGUACAGUGUGAAGGGGAUCAGGGUUGGGAGGAAACGGUAGAUGCAUCCAUCAUCAAUCUUCUGAAAACCUGCUUGGCUAAAUCAGCCAAAGACCAAGCGAUUAAUCCAGCCCCACUGACCUUGACACCGGAUACAACCAAGCUCAAGAAACAUAUCAUGCAGGUCACAGAGAAACUUGCAAAAGGUUCCCGGCUCCAUGUCGAAGGACAGGCACAGGGUGAGAGGGAUUCUUCAGUUGGGCACUCACAUUCAAAUUCUACAUCCGAGAGCAAUGAUUUCUUUGAUGAGGAACCUGCAUCUACUAAUAACAGGUCAUCGAUAGAAUCCAAGCCAGCACCGAUGGCAUCCCAGCCACAAGCACCACCCUACGAUGCAGCUGCACCACCAGAUCGUACAUCCUUAACAGAUGGUACACCGUCCAGCAAUGGACUAGGAGGACCAGCCCUCGCAUCACCCAGAAGCCAGGGUCUGCUGGGUGAUCUACCGGCUAUGGGAGGCAUUGGGGUGCGUGGGGGCUCAUCCCUACCAUCCCUUGGUGGAGCACCAGCAGGUGGUUCUUCGUUUCCUGCUCUGCAACCAAUCAAAAAGAAGAAGAAGAAAAAGAAGAAGUCUUCAAAACCUCGUGACGACGAUGAUUUGAGUGAUGACACAGAUCUAAGCAGCAUGGGACGGUCCUCUCCUGACUCUAUUGUCUUAUAGAAUAUUGAAAUGGUGAACAUCUGAGCCAAUAAUUCAAAUAGAUUUCAAUCUUUGAAACGGCGGUUCCUUAUCACCCUUAUUCAUUCCUUGUUCUUGUUCUUUUUUUUUCUUUUUUUAAAAUAAACACAUGCACACAUUUUUACCAUCGAUGCAUAGAGCAUUUUCAUUUAUUUGAUUAAAGAUAACAAGAGCCAUGUACGGUAUUUGCUUAGGGGCAUAAAGGGCUGUGUCGGGAAUCAAACCGUUGACUUUCAUGUGCGUGUCGGGUGCCUAAGACCACUUGGCCACUGGAAAAACGUGUAAAUGUAUGAGUGAUAUUUUAAAUGUAAGACUCGUGUUACAUAUUUUAGGGGAGGGAUUUUCAAAUCGUGAAAAUCUUCGCCGAUGUUUGGAAGCAAUAUGGAAUGAUCCAUUUAUCUAACUGCCAUUUUGAUUUCAUUCUUGACCUCUCUUGUUUAGAAUAUAUAGAGAAUGUAUACAACAAAAUUAAUCCUACUCCAUGGAAAAAUACUGGGAAAUUGAAAUUACUUGCAAAUCAGUUGAACACAUUUAACUAUCAUAUACACAUGAGUGCAGUUUUAAAUUUCUCCUAUGCUCAAGUAUUGAUGCAUGUCAUUGUUAAAAAAGUGAUGCUAGGACUUAUUUGUUCCCUUGUAGAUUUUAGACUUUGUUGAUCUAGACCUUGGGAUUUAAAUUUCCUGAAGGCUUUUGGGGUUCUUGCUGGUUAAUACGCAGGGUACUGUUUCCUGGUAGUUGUGAGCGCUAACACCGUGUCAUUAUCAGACAGCUUCUCGGCCAGUCAAGACCAAGGGAAGUCGUUUGAUCUUACAAGUGCUUUGCAGAAAUGAUAUUUGACAUGCAAUCUUAUUGAUUGAUAAACCGUAGAGCAUGUCCAAUGAGUGUGAUCUGGCCAAUGCAGUGAUGUGUUGCAUAAUAAUAACAAAUAAUCCUAGUAAGUAUGUCCAAUGUCCUGCAUAAUUUUCCAUCACUUCCUAAAAAUGUCUGCCCAAGGUUUUUAGGACCAUUAACUACUGCCCUUAGUCUUCAUUUCACCUUCUUAAAAUUAAAAAACACAAUACAACCAUUUUUUUUUUUCAAAAAUCUUAAAUGAAAAUAUUGAAAAAUUUUGAUAAAUUUCAUCACUUCAUAGUUGUAUUCCUUGAUUUCUCUAAAAAAAUUAUUAGAGAGAAUGUUGUGCAGUGGCUUUUAUUUUACAGAUUGAGUGCAAUUUUUAGUGUAAAUGAUUAAGAUAUUAACUUGUCAAAUGCAGAUUACGAUAGGGAAAAUGUUUUUUUUUUCUUUGAAAUUCAGAUACUGUCCUCAGAGGAUUUUGGGGUAUCCUUUAUGAAAAUAGUGAGUGUCAAUUCACUGGUGCGUGAAAUAUAAUUGCACCUAAUAAAGGUAGGUACCCUGUUGAAAUAAAACAAAAUGAAUAAAUGAAAUACUGUAACUAAUAGUAAUCAUGCAAUGUAUAACGCACAUAUUUUAACACUCUGCAGCAUGACCAAGGUUUUGCAUCAUUUGUUGAUGUUGUUGCAAUUUAGAUUUGUUGUUGCAAUUUAGAUUUGCCAAUGAUAACAAAUUAUCUGUAUUGGGGUUUUUUAAAUGGGAUGAAUUUUAAAUUGAGAUACGUAAGAUCAUUUCAUUACCAAAUUUUCACUUUUAAGAUAAGACAUUUUAAAGCCUUCAUGUUGUGAUAUGAAUUGAUAAAUUACACAAUACAAUAUACAUACCAUACAAAAAAGUGUUUUGUGGCCUUAUGGUUGUGGAUUGUCUUAUUGUCUCAUUUUCUUUCUUGCAGAUCAACUUCAAACUUGGUCCAAGUAUAAGACUAUAGUAUAAGUAUGCAUGUAGGAAUGAUGUAGUAGUGGUUUUUUUUUCAGGUCAUGGGUCAAAGGUCAUUUACCUGAAAAUAUUUUAUUCUUGCUAUAAUAUUUGAGGGAUCAAAUUCAAACUUGGCUCAUGUAUGCAUAUUGGAGCACAUGGGGGCAGCAAUCAUCUGAUGGGGUCUUAAGGUCAAAAGUCACACACGUCAUUGUAUAUUCUCUCUUCUGUUUCCUCAUGUUGAGGCUGAAUAUAUGAAGUAUCGUAAGUUGUAAAUUUCUUAAAAUGUAGGGGGUUUUCUAUUCAAAGUUAUAUUUGUAUUGCAAACCGUUUUGUAAAAAAUUAUUUUGUUGUAUGAAGUGAUUAGAAAACAAUAAGAUACAUUGUUUACAAACCAUAAAGAAAUGGUAUCAAGAUGUGCCUAUGAGAGACACUGUCUUAAAUUGAUGUUUUUAUGUCAAUAAUCAUGUACUGAUCAUAUGUGAUCAAAGUAUAGUUGCAGUAGCCUAGAUAAAAGAUUCUUUAGGGGCAAUUCUAUUAGGUAUGUACAUUCGACCUAUGUGUGGAACCUUACAAAAAUGAUUUGUCUCUCGUUUUCUAGUUCUUAUGAAAGGUUUUAAUGCUCUCAAGUUAUUACGGCUUGAUCUGAGUCUUUUUUUUCAUGAAGACUUGUCAUGAUAACAAAUUCUGUAACAAAUUAACUAUAUCAGCCAAUCAGAUUGAAUGAUUUUAGCAGCUUUUAACUGUUAUGGCACAUUUGUUAUCGUAACAAGUUUUAUGAAACGGGGCCCAGUUCAUUGUGUGAAGUAAAUAUGGGAGAAAUAGGGAUGGGAUGUACAAUAAAGGUUGAUUAUUUUAUGAUUGAAGACGCUGUCUUACCUGAAGAAACUUGUUAUCGUUGUUCAUUUUGAUUUAUUUGAGAAAUGGCAUAUGUUGAUAAAACCCACUAAGACCAGUGCAAACGGUGCAAUCAAAGAAAUAUUGGGCUUGUCCACUAUCUUCUUUAUCUGAAGGAUUAUUUGACAACCGGUGGCAUUUUUGUCUCGCCUGCAUAGCAGAGCGAGAUAAGACUAUAGGCGCCGCUUUUCCGACGGCGGCGGCGUCAACAUCAAAUCUUAACCUAAGGUUAAGUUUUUGAAAUGACAUCAUAACUUAGAAAGUAUAUGGACCUAGUUCAUGAAACUUGGACAUAAGGUUUAUCAAGUAUUACUGAACAUCCUGCCUGAGUUUCAGGUCACAUGACCAAGGUCAAAGGUCAUUUAGGGUCAAUGAACUUAGACCAUGUUGGGAAAAUUAUUUUCAAAAUCUUAACCGAAGGUUAAGUUUUUGAAAUGACAUCAUAACUUAGAAAGUAUAUGGACCUAGUUCAUGAAACUUGGGCAUAAGGUUAAUCAAGUAUUAGUGAACAUCCUGCUUGAGUUUCAGGUCACGUGACCAAGGUCAAAGGUCAUUUAGGGUCAAUGAACUUUGGUCAAGUUGGGGGUAUUUGUUGAAUUACUAUCAUAACUUUGAAAAUUUAUGGAUCUAGUCCAUGAAACUUGGACAUUAGGUUAAUCAAGUACCACUGAAUAUCCUGUGCGAGUUUCAGGUCACAUGACCAUGGUCAAUGGUCAUUUAAGGUCAAUGAACUUUGGCCGUGUUGGGGGUAUAUGUUAAAUUACCAUCCUAGCUCUGAAAGUUUAUGGAUCUAGUUCAUAAAACUUGGACAUAAGAGUAAUCAAGUAUCACUGAACAUCCUGUACGAGUUUCAGGUCACAUGACCAUGGUCAAAGGUCAUUAAAGGUCAAUGAACUUUGGCCGUGUUGGGGGUAUUUGUUGAAUUACCAUCCUAACUCUGAAAGUUUAUGGAUCUAGUUCAUAAAACUUGGGAUAUAAGAGUAAUCAAGCAUCACUGAACAUCCCCUGUGAGUUUCAGGUCACAAAACCAAGUCAAAGGUCAGUUAAGGUCAAUAAACUUAGGCCAUGUUGGGGUAAUUGUUGAAGUGCCAUCAUAACUUUGAAAGUUUAUGGAUAGAGUGAAUGAAAUGUGGACAUGGGUGUAGUUGACAGUCUUAAGUCUCCGUUCAAAUGUCAUUUAUGGUCAAUGAAUGUGGUAUUAUGUCAUUAUAUGAAUGAUGUUUUUGUGAAUGAUUAUUUUAUAGUAGUUUUCAAAGUUAGCACUGCUGCUAUAUUAAAUUGCGUAAUGCAGGCGAGACUGCCAGAGGCGUUCCACUUGUCUAAAUCAACUUUGACAAAUAAAACCAGCUUGCUUGAUGGAAAGUGAAUGGCAGAGGAAAGCUUUCAUGACUUUGUUUUUUCAAUUGUGUUAUUUUGUCAAAUUUGAAUAGAUGGUUAUUUUGUGUAUAUUUGUAUGAUCUUCUUAAGUUAUUGAUACACUCGCCCAUGUAUUCAUGUGUUCAAGUUAGACUCUAUUUCUUUACUUGGACCCCCUUUUCCUUUCUUACUUUAAUUUCCACCUUUUUUAUGUUCUCUCUUUCUCCCUUUUCCCCCUCUUCAUCUUGUCUCCAUUCCUUUGUAUUCGUUUACCUUCUUAUAUUUAUGUAUAGUUUAAUGUUAUGAUUAUUUGUCAAUCCUGUACUGUUUUGCUGUUUUUGUAUUUAUUAUGAAUCAAAUUGUGAUUUAUAUGUAUAUUGUGAUUAUUCCUAGAGUCAACAAUUAUAAUGAAUAAAUAGAUACUUUGACAAAAGACCUU